CAACUGGGCCUUGGAAAUAUAAUGCAUAUUUUAUCAACAGUUUUUAUCCAAAAUGUUCUUAAAACCCAGAGGCUUUUUUUCCAGCAGAUGUCAUGCUUACAUAACUCUAUAAAGUUGACCCUCCAGCGGCCUCUGCUGACAGACGGCUCUCUGCUUCUCAGUCGCGCUGUGGAUUGUGGGUGUCUGGGACGUUGCCUGGGCUUGUCAGGCUUUAGCAGUGCUGGACUGAACGCGACGCGACGCGACGCGACGCGACGCCUCACCGUGCUCUCUACUGUAAGCCUUCCGCCGUCAUCCACGCGUUUCGGCAUCAUGUCCAGUCGAGGUGGGAAGAAGAAGAUCUCCAAGACGUCCAGGUCUGCUAAGGCUGGUGUGAUCUUCCCUGUGGGACGGAUGCUGCGCUAUAUUAAAAGAGGGCUUCCCAAAUACAGGAUUGGUGUUGGAGCUCCAGUCUACAUGGCUGCAGUACUGGAGUACCUGACAGCUGAAAUCCUGGAGCUGGCAGGCAAUGCAGCCAGAGACAAUAAGAAGGGCCGCGUCACACCCAGACACAUUUUACUAGCCAUCGCCAAUGAUGAGGAACUUCAUCAGUUGCUGAGGGGCGUCACCAUCGCUGCCGGAGGAGUUUUGCCCAACAUCCACCCAGAGCUGCUGUCUAAGAAGAGAGGAUCGAAAGCAAAGCUCGAAGCCGUCAUCACUCCUCCACCAACAAAGAAGCCAGUCGAGGUGGGAAGAAGAAGAUCUCCAAGACGUCCAGUCUACAUGGCUGCAGUACUGGAGUACCUGACAGCUGAAAUCCUGGAGCUGGCAGGCAAUGCAGCCAGAGACAAUAAGAAGGGCCGCGUCACACCCAGACACAUUUUACUAGCCAUCGCCAAUGAUGAGGAGCUUCAUCAGACCAACCGAAACCUGCAGACUGGCUCUGACGUUCCUGCUCCUGAAACGCACAGACUCAUUCACUGCCUCAUGAUCCGUGCUUCUGGAAUGAAAGACGAUGAAAUCAUGUUUAUCUUGAUCAGCAGUAAUUUGCUCGGGCAUGUGCUGAGUGUGAAAGACGUGCCCAGCAUGAACAAUGCUUCGCCCGGAACUAAACAGGGAACUGGAAUGGUCCAAUGCCAUUCCCGCGGUCCCUGGCGCUUAGGAAAAGUGAUAGUGUUUAGCCGUCUGAGGGCUGUCGGAGCCCAGGCCCUGAUUUUAACCGAGGCUGAGCUGGAGACACUGCAAGUUGUGCAAGCUGACAUUGCCAGCAUCGAAAGUGAAGCGGUUGUUCACCCGACCAACUCCACCUUCUACAUAGGUGGUGAAGUAGGCAGUGCUUUGGAGAAGAUCGGAGGAAAGGAGUUUGCAGAGGCAGUUCUGGAGCUACGCAAAAGCAACGGCCCUCUGGAGGUGGCAGGAGCGGCCAUGACCUCAGGAUACGGUCUUCCUGCCAAGUUCGUGAUCCACUGUAACAGUCCAGGCUGGGGCUCGGAUAAAUGUGAGGAGAUGCUGGAUAAGACGGUGAAGAACUGUCUGGCUCUCGCUGAUGAGAAGAAGCUCAAAUCUGUGGCCUUCCCUUCCAUCGGCAGCGGCAGAAACGGUUUUCCGAAGCAGACGGCCGCUCAGCUCAUUCUGAAGGCCAUCUCCAGCUACUUUGUGACAACGAUGUCGUCCUCCAUCAAGACGGUGUACUUUGUGCUGUUUGACAGCGAGAGCAUCGGGAUCUACGUGCAGGAAAUGGCCAAACUCGACGCCAACUGAAGUAGAAAAUCCUCUGUAGAUUUCAGAGGUGAAAAAAUUUUAAUUUUAUGCUUGAUGAUGAAGUUUGGGGGGUAAAAUAUUUUUGGUACUUUUAUUAUAACAGCAACAGUUUGGAGUCUGAUUUGAUUUUUAACAGAGGGAUUGGGUUUUGUGUUGGCACUGCGACUACUGCAUAAUUUAGUCUAGUUUGUUCUGUUGUUUCAGUGUAUAAUGUGUAUCACAAUGUUAAUUUGCAUAAAGUGUAUCUACAAUAAU